CCUAGCUUAGGUCCCACCAAGAUCAGUUUCUUGUUGACUAUGAUCGUACCAUGUCGGCGACGCGUCUGCAGAUAUGAAUGUACGCGUUGUAUUCUCGGUGAUUCUGUCGUUGUUGGUUUUAUUGCCAUCGUCAUCCACUCAAAAUGACGGUCGUGUAUAUGACACUGUGUACAAUUCCCCUGAUCAAUACGUGGCAACCGCAAAUGGCCCACCUGGUCAUAACAAGCAGGGCGGGGGCGAUGGUUCUUCCGGACCACCGGGUCAUAAUAAAUGGAAAGGUGGUGGCAGAGGACCACCAGGUGGUCGCGGGCCUCCCGGAUUAGCGGGCGGCGGUCCUCCAGGAUUAAAUAGACAUCCUCCGGGCUGGAACGGAGUAAACAUCGAAAGACCAUCUGAAAAUGAGAAUACUUAUGAACCCCGUCCCAAUGAAAGAGAUCGUCCUCAUGGUCCGGAUGAUCGUAUAUCAGAUCCAAACGGAAACUCGCAAAAUCAACGAUGCAGAGACAACGAGUUUCAUUGCAAGAGUAACGAAUGCUUACCGCAAAGCGUUAGAUGCAAUCAAAACGUUGAUUGUCGCGAUGCUAGCGACGAAGCGUUUUGUGUUACGAAUAGAUUUAGUCAAAAUGGCUGUGUCUUGCCUGAACAACCGGAAAAUGGACAAUAUGAAUUGGAUGAUUGCAAUGGUUGCACUAAACGUCCUGGCGAUGCAGUUCCCUUAAAAAGCAUCCUCACUUACAGUUGUAAAAGCAAUUAUUUACUGAGCGGAAACAGCAUUUCCGUUUGCGUCAACAACAAAUGGUCCGAACUACCUUCGUGUUAUAAAGUCUGCCCACCGUUAAACAGCACAAGCGUAGACAUUUCCUGCAGCUACAAGGAAGAAACAGUGUCCUGCAGCGAGCGUAUACAGCCUGGUACACGAGCUGCACUCGCCUGUAAAUCAUCUUAUAAAUUACCUUUAACGAACGAUCCGGCUUACAGAGAGAUCACGUGUCUUGACGAUGGUUUAUGGGAUCGUCGCCUUUUUCGUUGUCUACCCGAAUGCGGAACGACCACUGCACGCGGUAACACUUUAAUCGUAAACGGAUUCGAAGCUGAAAUAGGUAAAUUUCCCUGGCACGUUGGUAUUUACACCAAGAAUACGGAUCAAGAGUACGAACAGAUAUGUGGCGGCACUAUCAUUAGUAGCAAUCUCGUCAUAACAGCGGCCCACUGCGUUUACGAUGAGGUCUACAAUAAACUUAGUAGCUCACAGAAUUAUGCUGUGGCCGCCGGCAAAAAGUACCGUGAUUGGAACGAGAGAGAGAAAUACUCUCAGAAGUCGUUGGUAGAGAGUAUUCAAUUGGGCGGCAGAUACUUGGGGGCGAGAGGUAAUUUCGCCGACGACAUAGCUUUAUUAAAAUUAAGAACAUCCUUUGAGCUGACUACUUUAGUGAAGCCAGUUUGUAUGGAUUGGGACAACGAAUACGAAAGGGAACAGCUGCAACUAGGACAACUCGGCAAGGUGGUCGGCUGGGGCAAAGACAUUAGAGGUGAAUCCACCAGGAACUUACAGGAAAUUGACAUGCCGUUCGUGCCGUACCAACAGUGUUUGUCCGCAGUGCCUCUAGAUUUCCGAGGAUACCUCACGUCCGACAAAUUCUGCGCCGGCCGUUUGAACGGUUCGAGUGUUUGCGAAGGAGAUAGCGGUGGUGGCUUAUGCUUUGAAAAGGAUGGUAUUUGGUAUCUUCGUGGUGUCGUCAGCGUAAGUCCUAACAAAAGAGGUACUUGCGAUUACAACUCGUAUGUUGGAUUUACCUACGUCAGUCGCUUCCGUGAUUGGAUUCGCGAGGCUUAUAUCAAUGAGCAAAAUCGUACUAGUAUCGUUACAUGUCCGGCUAUUGGGACGUUUACCUUACUAAGCGGAAACGCGAUUUCCGUCUGUUUUAAUCUCACAUGGUCCUCGUUGUCUUCGUGUCUCAAAAUCUGUCCACCGUUAAGAAGCACAAGCGUAGAUAUUUCCUGUAGUCGUAACGGAGAAACAGUGUCCUGCAACAAAUUUGUAUUGCCUGGCACACAAGCUACAUUCACCUGUAAAUCAUCUUAUAAAUUACCUAUAACGACCGAUCCAGGUUACAGGGAAAUCACAUGCCUCGAUGAUGGUACAUGGGAUAACUACAUCUUUCGCUGUCUACCAGAAUGCGGAACAUCCAUCGCACGCGGCAAGCCUUUAAUCGUAAAUGGAUAUGAAACCAAAGUAGGAGUAUUUCCCUGGCACGUUGGUAUUUAUAAAAAGAAACAAUCGGAUAAGUAUGAACAAAUAUGCGGCGGCACUCUUAUUAGCAACAAUCUCGUCAUAUCAGCUGCUCACUGCUUUUAUGAUGAGGUUUUUAACAAAAUUAGUAAAGCGUCUAAUUACGCCGUUGGAGCCGGCAAAUAUUUUCGCGAUUGGAAUGCUACAGAUGAAAGCGCUCAAAAAUCAUUGGUCGAGAGCAUUCGAUCGGGCGAGAGAUAUAUAGGACGAAGAGGUAAUUUCGCCGAUGACAUAGCCCUUGUGAAAUUACAAACAUCUUUCCAGCUCACUACCUUAGUGAGGCCUGUCUGCAUGGACUGGGACAAUCAGUACGAGAGAGAACAACUAAAUGUACAACAGUCUGGCAAGAUUGUCGGUUGGGGCAAAGACAUUAACGGCGAAUCAACUAAGAAUUUGCAUGAAAUUGACAUGCCGUUCGUGCCGUAUCAUCAGUGUAGGUCCGAGGUGCCUAGAGAUUUCGAAGGCUUUAUAACAACAGAUAAAUUUUGUGCCGGUCAUUUGAAUGGUUCAAGUGUUUGCGACGGGGAUAGCGGCGGCGGCAUAUGCUUCGAGAAAAACGGUAUUUGGUAUCUUCGUGGCGUCGUGAGCGUAAGCCCAGUCAGAAACGGUAAUUGCGAUUACAACUCUUACGUUGCAUUCACUUCUGUCAGUAACUCUCGUCACUGGAUUCGCCAGGCGUAUGCCAACUCACUUCGAGAAGUUUUUCGGCAAGAUGCACUUCAAAAUAGUUUACUAGAUCGGAUCAAUUAUUUCAGCGUUCGUCAAGAGGCACUCCAAACUGUCUCGUUUAAUCGAACUAAUACUCAUGUUGAAAACACAAACGAGAAUAGAUCAUCGAAUUCGCGUGAUUGUAUCCUGCCUGAACAACCGGAAGGUGGACAUUACGAAUUGAUUGGUUGCGCUGAGCCUUGUAGUAAACUUCCUAAUGAUCUAAUUCCCGAAUUUAGCGUUCUUUCUUAUACUUGUAAACACAACUACAUGUUGAGUAGAAAUACCGUUUCGAUUUGCAUCAAUCAGAAAUGGACUACACCGCCUUUGUGUCUCAAAAUCUGUUCACCGUUAAGAAGCACAAAUGUAGACAUUUCUUGCAGUUAUCAGGAUGAAACGGUGUCUUGCACCAAGAAUGUAUUACCGGGUACAAAAGCUACACUUGCUUGUAAACCAUUUUAUACAUUAUCUUUAACGGGUUAUAGGGAUUCGGCUUAUAGGGAGAUCAUAUGUCUCGAUGAUGGUUUGUGGGAUAACGACAUCAUUCCCUGUAUAGCAGAAUGCGGUAAAAACUACGCAGAUGGUAACGCUCCAAAUAAGGUCCAUACAAAACUCGAAGUAUUUCCCUGGCAUGUUGGUAUUUACGUCAAGAAAAAUACGGGCGAAUAUAUGCCGAUAUGCGGUGGCACUCUCAUUAAAAGCAAUCUUGUCAUAUCAGCGGCUCACUGCUUUUACUUUGAGUUUUUCGAAGAAGUUCAUGAAUCGAAAUUUGCUGUGGGCGCCGGCAAAUAUUAUCAUGAUUGGGAUGCUAAAGAGGACGAAGAUUACGUCCAGAAGUCAUCGGUGGAAAAUAUCCAAAUCAAGGAUAGAUUCUUACGUUCUAGGAAUAAUUACCGAAAUGACAUAGCCUUGUUGAAGCUGAAAAAAUCUUUUCAGCUGACUAUUUUAGUAAGGCCCGUCUGCAUGGAUUGGAGCAAUCAGUACGAAAGAGAGCAGCUACAAGAAGGACAAGCUGGCAAGAUUGUCAACUGGCAUAGAGAUGUUAACCGCAAAUUCACCAAUAAAUCACAAGAAUUUAAUAUGUUAUACGUACCGUACCAACAGUGUUUGUCCGCACUGUCUCGAGAUGUGCAUUAUCGCCUUACAGCCGACAGAUUCUGCGCCCGCCGUUUGAACGGUGAGUUUGUUCGUGAUGGACAUAAUGGUGGCGGCAUAUGCUUCGAGAAAAACGGCGUUUGGUACCUUCGUGGCGUCGUGAGCUUAAGCCCAGUGAGGAACGGUAGUUGCGAUUACAACUCUUACGCUGCGUUCACUUCUGUCACUGCUCACUGCUUUUAUGAUGAUAUUUUUAACAAAAUUAAUGAUGCAUCUAAUUACGCCGUUGGAGCCGGCAAAUAUUUUCGCGAUUGGAACGCUAUAGAUGAUCACGCUCAAAAAUCGUUAGUCGAGAACAUUCGGUCGGGCGAGAGAUAUAUAGGAGCGGCAGGUAAUUAUGCCGACGAUAUAGCUCUUUUAAAAUUAAAAACAUCUUUCCGACUCAGUACUUUAGUGAGGCCAGCCUGCAUGGAUUGGGACAAUAAGUACGAAAGGGAACAGCUAAAUGUACAACACUCUGGCAAGGUUGUCGGUUGGGGUAAAAACAUUAACGGCGAAUCUACUAAGAAUUUGUACGAAAUUGACAUGCCGUUCGUGCCGUAUCGUCAGUGUAGGUCCGAGGUGCCUAGAGAAUUCCGAGGAUACCUCACGGCCGACAAAUUCUGUGCCGGUCGUUUGAACGGUUCAAGUGUUUGCGAUGGGGAUAGCGGAGGCGGCAUAUGCUUCGAGAAAAACGACGUUUGGUAUAUUCGUGGCGUCGUGAGCGUAAGCCCAGUCAGGAAUGGUAGUUGCGAUUACAACUCUUACGUUGCGUUCACUUCUGUCAGUAACUCCCGUCAUUGGAUUCGCCAGGCUUAUGCCAACGCACUUCGAGAAUUGUGAGUCUACUUUAAUAAAGCUUGUUUGCAUUGACUGGAAUAACCAGUACGAGAGGUAGCGGCUGUAAGUUGAACAAAUUGGCAAAGGAACAGUACUAGCCAAGUAUCAAUCGAUUAACUGGCCAUUUUAGCGCAGUUUGAUUAAUUGCGUGACCGCUUUGUAAUCGACCGAAUGUUUAUUCGAGAAACUAAUAGUUGUUGACUACAUUAAUGAUUUUGAACUCAACUUUGGCUCUGUGCAUACUGGAAUAUUAUUAUAUCGCAUUUACAUUAACUGUGUCAUACAUUCAUAUGCAUACAAUUCCAGAUUGAUAAACGACCGAACGAAUUAUUUAAUUCUGUUGAAGUGUAAUUAUAAAACAAUUUGUUUUGCAUAUUUAAAGAGCACCGAAAAAUCAAAUAAAAUUUUUUAGAUAAUUGGCUAAGUUAAAGACCUUAAUGGAGAAUUCAACAAAAACUUGCACGAAAUUGCAAUGCUAUUCGUACUAUACUAUUACUAUUUGUCCACGAUGUCUAUUUUCUGAUUUUCUCACCUCCGAUAAAUUCUAUGUCGAUCACUUGAACAGUAAAUUCGUGUGCACGUAUUUCAUUGAAGACAAGUUUGUCAGACUCUGAUUGUGAUGUAGGUAUAAAUAACAUAUUGAUAAGAAUAUAUAUUGCAAUGAUUAGCAAUUGUACGUUUUUUCUUUAAAAUGUUAAUAUUUAUAUUUGAUAUGUUGCGAAAACGAAAGAAGAGGUUUAUAGAUUUGUAAAAUGUAACUAAUUUUUAUAUAAAAAACAAUAUAUUGUGUGAGAG